AUGUCAGAAACCGGAAGUAGUGAACUAGAAAUGAACGGAAUCGCGUCAAAUACAGCGAAUUUAAAAGCAAGUGACGAAAUGGAGACGGAAUUGAAGCAGGGCAGCGCGUUGGUUUACAGCAAUUUACACGGCUACCGCAUCAACGUUGAUAUGACUGACGAUUCGAAAGAGUACGAGCGAAUUCUGGGCGAAUUGCGUGGCACCAAGGAAUCACGUGCUCAGCAAACUCGUGUGUCGGAGAAACAGAAAAAUCGACAUGCUGCGGUCGCAGCAGCAAACGCGCGAGUCGAAGAUCAACGUGCAAAUUAUGGUCCGGUUGGUAAGGAUGACCACUUUGUGCGCUGGCUUGCGCGCGAGGAAAUGGAAUCGCAACUAGAAUGGGCCCCGCUGUCGUGUAAUAACCCUAUACACCAAGACCGUAUCGAGCAGCAGCCUGAUCGUGCUAUACUAACGGAGGAAGUCCAGCCAUUUCUGUUUUAUGUUCCGAUAGCACACCGAUGGCGAAUAGUUGCUGAAAUGCUGCACAUCUGCGGCGUUCAUUGGCGUGGCGAGCAUUCGUGGGAGCCUCGCGUCUCGGCUUGCGAUUCGAUGUAUGCUGAUGAUGAUGCAGAUCAUGAGCUGCUCGUAGGUCCAAUUCAAUCCGUGCUGAACCCUCACGCAACUUGUUUCGGUAAACGUGCAUUGUUUCUCGAUCCAAAUGAUCGGAAGAAGCUUCUCGAGGACGCGCUUCUCGGCGACAUUGAUGUGAAGCAAGAUAUGCUGCGUGAUCCUAGCAAGGUACUGUUUGUACGCCGAGUGUUCGCACAAUCAUUGGAUCUCUUCCACAAUGCUCAUGAUAUUUUCGAAAGCGAAUUAAGAUGUCUGUGGGUUGGCUUUGAGGCCAAGGUUGCGUGCAUGCACCAAAGCAUUGUAACUGCCCGGCACUUAAGUCAGGGGCUGGCUCAGAAGUCUGCGAGCGGCGAGGCAGAUCUUGAUGUUCUUUAUGCGUAUGCCAAACUAGAGCUCACUUUGCGAAACGAAAUCCGAGUACGACGCAUCUGUGAGAACACAUUGAAGUCGCUCAUGAAUGGAAUAUCAAACGAUACGCUAUUGCUCAGGGCCAUGCAUCGCUUUGUUUUCCUGUACGCACGGCUCGAAAUGUGGUCGUCGACCAGCAAGAUUAGUGCUGGUAGGAGAUCCCGAGCGCUCCGGUGUUUGUAUACGCUGUGGAUCGUGUGGCAACCGGUACAAUUGGACGGCAGCGAGAUUGCUACGCUUUCGACGAUCACAAAAAAACACCGAAAACGAACCGGCGAGUACUUGCAGGAGAUUUUGAUGUCGGACGCGUCGACGGCAACGAACCUGAUUGCCAGAUAUCGAGAAGAGCUCAAGUUCGCCUUUCGACAUUGCAUCGCAUCAACCUUGGCAGGUGCAGAGCGUGGCAUGACAGAGGUUGACCUGCACGGUCAAUUGACAUGCUGGGCGGGAUACUGCUUGCACAACCUGGCUCUCGUCGUCUACAUAUAUGACGGGUUCGAGGCAGCUUGCCGAGAGUAUCGUGAGGCGUUAAAUGACGUUGAGCACAGGAUGUGCCCGAAUAUGUCAUGGGCAUGGACGUGCUUUUUGGAAUUCAUGCAGCAGCAUCAAGUUUCAGGUUUGUUUCCUGUACUUGCGCCUCGUGAAUGGCGCCUAUCAGUUCAUGAUGCAGUAAAUAAGUUUCCGUACAACGAAUUAUAUCUUCGGCUUUUUGUCGACUCUGAAAUGGGAAAUACGAUCUCGCAAGUGCAUCGCACGUAUUUCUUACAAAUUGAAAAGCGCUGGCGACGCCAUUUUGAUUCACCAAGAUUGGUAGAGUGCUUGUUUGCACUGCUAUGUGAGUUUAGCCGCGUUGAGCGAGCCGUGAUGGUGAAGAGUUUUGCCGAGACCGACAGCAACUUCACGCGACCGAGUUGCUGUCUCUUUCAUCACUGGGACAUGAAUCUGACGGCUGUGAAACGCGUUCGGCAAAUAUUCGAAAAUGUGGUCAACCAGAUUCAGACAAAAGGAAAUGCGCUUUGCUGGAGGUUAUACAUGCGCUUCGAGGUGGCAUUGGGAAAGAUCGAUGCGGCGAAAAAGGUGCUGUAUCGUGGAAUUGCAGCUUGUGCAUGGAGCAAAGCACUUUACAUGGACGGGUUGCGCGUGAUGCGUGCGUAUAUGACUGAAGACGAAUGCCAAGAACUUCUCGAUUUUAUGGAGUCGAAAGAGCUGAAUCUACGCGUUGAGUUCGAAGACGCAACUGAUGGAUCAUAG